CUCACUCGUACUGCUGGCUGCCUCAGUUCCCAGUGAUCUGUGGCUGUAACGGAGGGUGAAUUUCCGAAAUUUUCUGAUGCACACUCUUAUUGGUAUAGACCAUCUCUUCAGACUAUCUGGAAUCAGUAAAAAUCUCUGGAGCCGCGGAGCCAUAGGAGCAAGCACAGCUGCUGCUGUAGACUGCCGGCGGUCACGUUCUGAUCGGCCACACCGAAGUAUCCAUAGCAGACCAGCAUUUUCUAGUGAAUUACCUGGGAACCGGUAUACUAUUCCUAGCUCUCGCGCAGUCACGGAAAGAGGCUCUGUAUAUAAAACCACGUUCCCAGCUUCUGAAAACAUGGGUGACUCGAGCUUGAAGCCCAUCAGAUAUGUCGAUAUCGGCAUUAACCUCAGCGACCCUGUCUUUGUGGGUAAUUACCAUGGCAAGCAAGUUCACGACAACGAUAUGGAUGAUGUUGUCCAACGAGCUCGAGAUGUGGGCUGCGAGAAGUUCAUGGUAACAGGCUCCGACUUAGAGGAAUCUCGACGUGCUAUACAGAUUGCACAAGACUAUCCGGGGUUCUGCUACGCUACGGUUGGGGUUCACCCUUGUCAGGCAAAGCUCUUCGACGGAUUUCCUGGCGGACCAGCAAAAAUGCUAGAGGAGCUCAGAGCGUUAGUCCUAGAGGCUAAAGCAUCAGGGCAUGCUGUUGCCUUUGGAGAGUUUGGCCUUGAUUAUGAUCGACUCUUCCUAAGCGCAAAGGAGCCCCAGCUGAAAUAUUUCGAGGCUCAGUUGGAUUUGGCAGUCGAGGUUCAGCUUCCGUUGUUCCUCCAUUCCCGAGCUGCCAGCGAAGACUUUGAACGGCUUUUGGCGCCUCGUCUCGAAAAGCUUCCCAAGAAGGGUCUCGUGCACAGUUUUACUGGCACUCUCGAUGAAAUGAACCGAAUGGUUGCCCUAGGUCUCGAUGUUGGGGUUAACGGCUGUAGUUUGAAGACAGAAGAGAAUCUGGAAGUGGUGAAAGCCCUGCCACUAGAACGGCUGCAGAUUGAGACCGAUGGCCCUUGGUGUGAAAUCCGUCCGUCCCACGCGUCUGCGAAGUAUCUCGAAGGAGCCCCUCCGCUUCCCAAGGCUGUCAAGAAGGAGAAGUGGCAAAAGGGAUUGAUGGUCAAGGGUCGCAACGAGCCUGCCGCAAUCGCUCAUGUUGCGCAUGUUAUCGCCAAAAUCAAAGGCAUUACCGUGGAAGAGGUUUGCGAGGCCGCAUGGAAUAACUCAAUUCGAAUGUUUGGGCUGGGUGUCGACACACCAUAAAUUACCCAUUCAUCUGUCUUUCAUGAGCGUGGCACUAUUGCAAAAGGAGCUUCUGCUCCACAGUGCAUCCAUAAUAGAUCCUAGAAUGUAGAAGUGAUGAGGCAAGCUUGAGCAAGAGUUAGCAUAAUGAAACCUACCUGAUCUGUGUUUG